AUGAAAGUAGUAAACUACGCCGCCUGGAUCCCCUCCCAAGGCGCCCAGCUGGAGGUGGCUGACGCGCCUUUCCCCACCGACCUCGCCGACGACGAGGUCGUCAUCAAGAACAAGGCCGUCGCCGUCAACCCGGUCGACUGGAAGAUCCAAUCGGCGACCAAUCCAAUCUUCAACAUCAAAUACCCCACCGUUCUCGGCUCCGACGUCGCAGGCGAGGUCAUUCAAGUCGGCGCGGGAGUAAAGCACCUGAAGAAGGGCGACCGCGCCAUCGCCCACGCCCUAGGCCUCUACGCCGGCAGCCCCGCGUAUGGCGGUUUCCAGCUGUACCCGAAGGUCAAGGCCGUCACGGCAUCCCGGAUCCCGGAGGACGUCCCGUUCGAGCAGGCCGUCGUGCUGCCGCUCUCCGUCUCGACCGCCGCGGCCGGGCUGUACCUGAGCGACACGCUGGGGCUGGGGCCGCCCAAAGUGCCGGCCACCGGAGGUGUCAGCGGCUACAAGAAGGAGACGCUGCUCCUGUGGGGCGGGUCGUCGUCGGUCGGCAGCUCCGUCGUCCAGCUGGCCGUCGCGUCCGGGUACGCCGUCGUGGCCACCGCGUCGCCCGCCAACUACGACUACGUCAAGUCGCUCGGCGCCACCCUCGUGCUCGACUACCACAACCCGGAUAUCGUGGCCAUCCUGACGGGGCUCCUGGAGGCGUCCGGCACGCGCCUCGUCGGCGCGUACGACGCCAUCGGGUCUGACGGUACCGUGCGCUCCAGCGCGGCUGUCGUGGGCGCGCUGGGCGGGGGCAAGGUCGCGAGCGUCGGGGCCGCGCCUGAGGACGUCGGGGAGGGCGUCAAGGUCGUGAGGAUUGGGGCGGCGAACCUUGUCUCACGCGAGCCUGAGGUCGCGCGGGCGAUCUGGGGCGAGUACGUACCCGCUGCGCUGGAGGCGGGGAGCCUGCUGCCGCGGCCUAGGGAGCUGGUUGUUGGUCGGGGGUUGUACUUUGUCCAGAAUGGCCUUGAUACUAACAAGGCUGGGGUGAGCGCGGCGAAGGUGGUUAUCACUCUCUGA